UUCUAGGUCUAAACCAUUGAUAACCAUGGUGGAGGAAAUCAGAACAUACAUGAUGGAGAGAUGGGCUACAAACAGGUUGAGGUUUGAAAAGCUAGCAGAUGAAGAGGUGCUACCAAACAUUAGAAGGAAUAUUGAGAAAACAAACUCAUACAUAAACAUGUGGCUAGUCAGGAUGUUUGAUGAGCAUAUCUUUGAAGUGAGGCAUCUUGAAAAUUCUGUAGAAAAGUUCACAGUCAACUUGAAGGAUAGAGUUUGUUCAUGUAGAAGAUGGGAGCUGACAGGCCUACCUUGUGUGCAUUCACUUUCAGCCAUGAAGAGUAGGAACCAUGAGGUUGAUGACUACAUACCUGAUUAUUAUAGAAAGUCAAUAUAUGUUGAAUUCUACAAACCUGUUAUUUUUCCUGUUAAUGGCUCUAAUCUUUGGGUAAGAACAGAGUAUCCUGAUGUUAUGCCCCCAACAUAUAGGAAAAUGCCUGGAAGGCCCAAAAAGAGAAGGAAUUUAGAGCAAGGUGAAAUUGAUGGGUCUGAUAGAAAAAUGAGAAGGAAUGGAUUUAUUGUUUCAUGCAGCAGGUGUAAAAAACAAGGUCACAACAAGCUUACUUGUAAGGUUCCAUCAACUACUCAAGCAUCCUAAUUAGUGCCUGCUCAAGCAUCCCAACCGGUGUCUGCUCAAGCAUCUCAAGCAUUGCCUACUCAAGCUUCCCAACCAGUGUCUGCUCAAGCAUCUCAAGCAUUGCCUACUCAAGCAUCCACAUUAGUGCCUUUUCAAGC